CCCUCCCCAGCAGCACCUCCCCCUGUCACCAGGAAGUGCAGACUGUGUAUUACUAUUACUACACACCAUGCUGCCUCUCAGCCGGCUGCUGGCCCACAGAGCUCAGGUCUCCUCCCGCAUCAUCCGCCAUGUCUCCGAUUCCCAGACUCCUUUCCGUAUAAAACAUCUGGACCACCUGGUGCUGACUGUGCACAGCAUAGAGAAGACUGUCAGCUUUUACACACGCGUGCUGGGUAUGGAGGUCAUCACCUUCAAGGGGGACAGGAAGGCACUGAGCUUUGGGGUACAGAAGAUUAACCUCCAUGAGGUUGGUAAGGAGUUUGAGCCGAAGGCGAGACGACCCUCACCGGGGUCAGCGGACCUCUGUCUGAUCACCGAGACCCCGCUCAGCACCGUCAUACAGCACCUGCAGAUCUGUGGCGUGCCAGUGGAGGAAGGACCGGUGUCACGGACAGGAGCAGUGGGGGAAAUCAAUUCUGUUUAUUUGAGAGAUCCAGACCACAAUCUGAUAGAAGUUUCUAACUACGUCGCUGACCCCAGUGGGAAACCCUAAUCCGCUGCGUCACUGCACUGUGUAUGUAUGACAAGAUAAAAGAUGUGCCGUAACCCACAGCAACCGGGCCUGUUUCCCAUUAGCGCCACCCUCCUGAUUUCUCAUAUUGUAGCUGGAAAGGAAAUGUAUAGAUUUGUAUCAGUUCUGAAUUAAAAAAUAAAAAUAAAUGAAAUAAAGGCGUCUGUCCUACCCAG